CUUCACUCGGAAGCAGUGCGGGCGACUGCGUGCUGGAGUUUCUCAGGAUCCUCCCGGAAGAAGUGACGGAGGGGCGCAAAAUCAAUCUAUCUGAAGAUGAACUCACAUUGAGGACCAAAGAAUUGCUGGAAGACAAUGCUGAGCAAGUCAUGCACAUUUUGAUCCAAUAUGCUCAAUCAUCCCCUGCCGCAUCUACGAACCCCCGCCUUCUUGAUUGUAUAACGUCUUGGAUGCGCGAAAUACCCGCCUCGAAGAUCGUGGAAUCACCUCUUAUGGACGUCAUUGUGAAAGCUCUGGAUGACGACGCAUCUUUUGACGCUGCUGUUGACAGCAUGUGUACUCUAUACAGGGACACUCGUGAAGUCGAUGAUUCGUUACCUCUCAUCCAGGCCUUGUUCCCGCGAGUAAUGUCACUACGCCCAAAGAUCGCCGAAUUCGCCGAAGCGGAGGAUACAGAAGCGUUCCGGGGUAUUACGAGACUAUUUGCCGAAGCCGGUGAAGCAUGGGUGGUGCUUAUCGCGCGUAUGCCUGCGCAAUUCCGAGAGCUAGUGGAAGCAGUGUUGGAAUGUUGUGCGCGGGAUUGGGAGCGCGACGUCGUCUCGAUAACUUUCGUCUUCUGGUAUGAGCUGAAACAGUACGUUACGCUGGAGCGAUAUGCCGAAUCGCGGGCCGUCUAUAGCGAUGUAUUCUCCAGACUGGUGGAUAUCAUGAUUAAACAUCUCGAGUACCCGCGCCCCGAAGACGGGGAAUCUGACCUCUUCGGAGGUGACAGGGAGCAGGAAGAAAAGUUCAGACAGUUUCGACACUCGAUGGGUGAUGUCCUCAAGGACUGCUGUGUCGUCAUAGGAGUUGCCGAAUGUUUGUCCAAGGCGUACCAGGUUAUUCAGCAAUGGAUUUCCCAAUAUGCUUCUCAGUCUACAGACGAGCAUGUUCCAAACUGGCAAGAGCUCGAGGCACCGCUCUUCAGUCUUCGAGCUAUGGGCCGCAUGGUUGAUCCGGAAGAAAGCGCGGUGUUGCCACAAGUCAUUCCUCUAAUCGUCCAAAUUCCGAACCAAGAAAAAGUUCGUUUCCAGGCCAUUAUGGCGCUUGCUCGCUACACAGAAUGGACAGCACAACACCCAGAGACGCUCGAAGCACAGCUCAACUAUGUUAUAUCCGGCUUCCAGCACAGUUCCAUAGAAGUGGUUCAGGCUUCUGCCUUAGCUUUCAAGUUCCUAGGGACGGAUUGCCAGAAACUCCUUGGAGGACACAUUGCUCAGCUUCACUCCUUCUAUGAAUCUGUCAUCGACAAAUUGAAGCCGAGCAGCCAGGAGGAAGUGACAGAAGGAGUAGCGGCUGUCGUUGCCGUGCAGCCACUGGAAAAGAUAUACGAGACCAUGAAGAUGUUCUGCGAUCCAAUCAUGGCACGUAUCAUGAACCUGGCAAAUAACGCUAAGGAUGAGCAGGGCCAGCGUGCUGUUGCUGAUCAUCUGCAGUUGAUCACCAUCUUUAUCCUGGUAGUCAAUCCGUACGUUGCCCAAGACCAGGAGAACCCGGCGGUGAAGUACUGUGGCGAAGUUUUACCCAUCACGACGACGCUAGUAAUGAACUUCACAUCAUCGACGCCUAUCUUGGAGCGUAGUCUCGCAAGUGGAUUCGAGGUCUCGCGCGAAGGAUGUUUCCUAUGGGCUACCGAUGCUGUCGUACGAGAGUUCUCCGAAGGAGCCGAAUUCGUUGACCCUGCCACCAGCCGAGCAGUAUUUCAAUUUUACGAGCAGCAAGCAACAGCUUUCCUGCGUACAUUGAACGACCUGCCCCCAGAGAAUCUUCCCGACGUGAUUGAGGAUUUCUUCCGUCUUUCUUCCGAUGCUGUUCGAUUCUACCCCAAGGAGUGCAUCAGUUCGUCUCUCUCAGUGCCGAUCUUCUCGGCCGCGCUCAGCUCCCUUACUUUACAGCAAAUAGACCCUCUUAUGGCGGUGCUGCAUUACUACCACGAUCUCUUUAGCUUUGCCUUUGAUAAGCCUGCCGUGUCUAGUUUUACGGCACCGGAUGGAAAGGCUUACUCAAACCCACCCGAAGUCCAAGAGGCCGUGAAACAGCUUAUUGCGUCGCAAGGACCAGUUCUUGUUCAGCGCAUCCUCACUGGAAUGAUGUUCACAUUCCCAGGCGAAUGCUUCCCGGAUGCAUCAAGUUUGCUGAUGUCCCUGUUUGAGUUAAUGCCCCCAGAAGCAGGUAGCUGGGUGCAAUCGACGCUGCAAAUGCUGCCUGCCGGGACAAUGAAGGCGGGCGAGGCGGAACGACUACUUAAGGGCAUUUCUGACAAGGUUCAGUCGGGAGAGACACGAAAGAUCCGCGCUCUCCUUCAAGACUUUACCAACUCGUACCGCCGUCGGAACGUGGCCCCGAGAGAAGGGCUAGGACGGCUGGAGGCCACGCGCUUCCGCUUCAGCGGAUAAAUAUCUUCUGUCUGUCUUCAUAUACUUUCUUCCAAUUUAUUCGGUUUUUUUUUUUUUAUCAUUUGAAGUGGGAGUGAGAGUGUGGAGAGGGAAUCGAACAGAGACUGCAGGUCGGAACCACGAAUUGCGAAACAACACAGCUCUUUAGAGCCAUCCGUACAUACAUAGGGACGAAAACGAUCCAUUCAACCCCAUUACUACCUGCCCGCCUUGCCUUACCUUGAGUCAACCCUCAGCUGAUGUGGCGGGGAACAAGCAGUCGCCAGUGACCUACCUGCCCUCUAUUAUGCAUACCUAAAACGCGCACGUGGGUUUGGGGUCAUGAGACCCAGCCAGAGGCAGAACAGGGAUCUUUGGAGCUGCCAUAGCAUACCGCCUA